CGUUCGUUCAGACUUGGUUACGGGAGCUAGUCAUUCGCAUCUUGAAUCACAACGAUUGCUACUGCAAAGAACAAACACCAUGGCGACUAUCCUGCCAUCGUCGAUUCAAGACGGCUAUCUGCCCUACCUGAUGCUCUAUACAUCUGUCGCCGGCAUCGCCCACACGGCAUGGUGUUACCUCUCUAAGGACCCUGCGUCGUCCAUGCGCAUGUUCCGCGGCCCGCGCAGCCCGACACCGACGCCUCUCCUGGCGCAUGUAUACGCCGUCAAGAACUUGUACACGUCCGUCAUCCGGUUGUACGCUGUCUAUCACCUCAACAACAGGCCCUUGUACAACCUGGCCAUGUUGAGUUAUGCAGGCGUGCUGUGGCUAUACUUCACCGAGUAUGCCAUUUGGCAGACGGCGCGGGGAAGCGACACGCUGAUCCCACUAGCGACGUCGGGGCUGGGGCUUGUGUGGAUGUGGGUUCAGAGUGACUGGUAUCUUCGUUAGGGGGCGUUGUCCGAGUUAUGCAUCCUAGGUAUAUUCAUUCGAGUUCCCGGUAGGAGAAGGGCUGGGGCCCGGGGGCUGCGGGAAACACACACCAACAAUGAAAGUGGGAGAUAUGGACGGGAUUAGACGCAUGUAUAUCAUCAACUCUCUUGCCUUGUAUAGGGGGCUGGGGGACCUUCCCUUCCUCCGGGGUUGUAACUAGUACAAUUUGUCGGAG